UACGCGCAACACGCAUCCAGUCCCGUGUUGUGUGCGUCUUUGGAAGAGGAACAGGAAAUCGAAAACAACACACACACAUAGUGCAAUUGCAAGGCGAGGAUCAGAUAACAAAAACAGUUGAAUAAGUUACACCAGCAAAACCACUCAAAGAAACACACACUCUCCAAAAUGAACCCCGGUGGUAAGGGAUCCGGCCCGGAAGGGUUUCAAACGCAGCCGCUAAAUCAGCUACCAUACCCUGCCCAAUCACCGCCCUACCCGGGCCAGGUGCCGGUAGCUACAACCGGUGGUGGCUAUCCGCAUGCCACGACCAACGCACCAAACUAUGCGCAUCCACCACCGCCGCCACCGUACGAUGCCAACUCGAACGUAAUCCCACCGGCACAGACUGCAGCGACGACUUAUGUUCAAGUGGUAACGCGACCUCAGGUAGGGCCCGAUCCGGCCUCGAUGGUGUGUCCCUCCUGUACCAAGCACGUGAUCACCCGGCUGGACUAUGAAACCUCGACCAAAACGCACAUCGCGGCCGGUUUGCUCUGUUUGUUCAUCUGUUGGCCAUGCUUCUGGAUCCCGUACGUGAUCGAUUCGUGCAAGAACGCCAACCACUACUGCCCGAACUGUGGGGCGUACAUUGGCACAUACCGUGGCUAAGGCGUAGUCCCUAACCUCACCGACCAUGUGAAGAUAUACACACACACACACACACCCGCCAGUCAGACCGAUCACCACCCUCGAUCAAGAUGCGCGCACCGCGCCUACUACGUGUUGCCCAUGGUCACCAAAAAUUAUUAUUAUUAUGAUAAUCCCCCAACGUGUACGUGUGCGAGACUAUUGUGAUGUAAUGAUCAUUCCCACCCCUUGUUUUUUCUUAAACCCGUCGUUCAGCAUGGGACGCAAAACGGCAGGGAAGCUGCUGUGAAAUGUGUGAAGGAAGAGGGAAUAUGCGGGAAGACGGUAAAAAAAAUAGGAGAAAAAAGAAAGUGCCUGCAACAGAAAGCAUAUUUGUAAGAGAAGUAGAUAGGAUAAGGACCGCAAAAGAGAAAGAGAGAGGAAAGUAUGUGAAAAGUGAAAACGAUAGCUUUGUCAAGACGACUGUUAUUACGUUUAUUAUUAUUAUGUAUUGAACAUUGUUUGUUGAUUUCGUCGUACGCUGAAAAUUGCAUAAUAAAUGUAUUUACAUUAUCAACACUUCAA